GGAUCCUGAAAAUAUAAUUAUCGCGUCAUGGUAUGCUCCCCAAAGACGACCGCGUCUAUCUUUUUUUUUGUUUGAUGAAUUGAUUUCCCAUCAAAGCCGUUUAGAGGGCCGACAACGUAGGAAGAGCACCCUGCAUGCAUGUGCGUCUAGCUGUACUAAUUCUUUGUCUUUCUAUAAUUGCUUCAGGCCAAAGUAAGUCGAAGUCCUCGGUAGGAACAGCCUAGAACAAAUGAACAAGGGUGGGUUACAUUCGUCUGGACCUAACCCCCGCUAGUGGGCACCCACUAGCGGGGGUUAGGACUUUUUGAAAAAAAGCACAUGUAACCCACCCUUGUUCGUCCAUGUGAGAGGAAGCAGAAGUCGCUUCGCGAAAGAAGCCCGCUGAACUCAGCGUCCGGGAUGCCAGCCCCGGCGGAAUUGAUCGGGAAAGAGCAUCAUGCCUCUGAAGGACAAAUACCGUUGUAGAACUUUACUCGCCAUGGAGUGCUCGCCUCUCAGCAGGCGUCUCGGCUUUUGGUAAUAAAUUGGCCCAGCAGGACCUCUAGCAUCAAAGCGAGGGAGGUAGGUGGUUGGGUGGUCCUCGGCUGUGCGAGUGUGGCCUUUCGCUUCCAAUGGAAGGAUUAGUGCAAGCACAAGGACAGAGGCAGAGCAGCUGUUGCAGAAGCUGACCCAGGGCCAGCAGUUGGCCCCGGCAUGCAAUCCAAGGCGCCGCUGGCUAUAAUUCAUCCCUGGGAGGCCCCGUGCCGGAUGAGUAGAGGCAUGCCCGAAGAGGUGGACUGCCGGGCACCUAUUCUGGGUCACACUCAGCGCGCUCGGAUGUUCUUCUUUUGUAUCUUUUGCGAUGCCCUUCCGCGCGCCAUUUUGAGGCAGGCGCGCGCUGCGUGUGUGAGCGUGUUCUUUAGAAGGCCCGGCGUUGUGCUAUGCAUGUGCCUCAGUGCCAUCUUCUAUGAGUGUGGCGGCCCGGGCACUAAAGCAGGCGCAGCCGUAAAAAGAGGCACGAAAACAGGUAAAAAAAAAGGCAGAAAAGCAGGCGCGCAAACAGGCACAAAAACAGGGACAAACGCAAGCGCCGCUGGCUAGGAGCAUCAAGGCCAAAAAGAAGAUCAUUGUGACCCCGUGCUUAAAUUCCGGUAGUCGAAGUACUCACUCUUUGUCUUUCUAUAAUUGCUUCAGGCCAAAGUAAGUCGAAGUCCUCGGUAGGAACAGCUAGCUGAUCUUGAUUUAGCUUCCGGCCGAUUCAGAAGUUGUAGUUUCACUGAUCUUCACUUCGGACCUGUUUACUACGGAGAAGUUAAGCACAACUAGCGAUUUUUCUGUGAAAAUCCUUCUCUCUGCAAAAAUCGAAAUGCACUAACUUCAAACUGCACGUGCAAACGCGACACUUUUACGAUAUAAUUCUUUAUUUCCAACAGAUCGAAUUUACUACUUUUCGUUUUUUUUUCUACAUCAAAGAAAAACCGUCAACACCAUGACUACCACCGCGAUGACCGUCGGCGGCGGAAAGGCCACCGGCACGGGGGUUCAGAGCAAGAACUGCUUUGUGAUCCAGAAACAGGCCCUGUCUGUCAGAAUACAACCCCUCGCGUUAAUGACGAUUCUGGAUGCCUACGCACGCAUCCCAAAGAAGGAACACCGAGCAAUCGGUACUUACUACAGAGAAGACGAUACUUUUUUCAUCGGCAUGUGAAAAUUACCGAAAGAAAAUCAAAAUGAGGCAGUUUGCAUGGUUGGUAUGUUGAGUAUGACAUCACCAGAUCUCUUUAUUUCUACCUUACUUACCGUCAAGCUGCGCAUCGAUUUACUUAAAAGGAAUUGGAAUCCAAAAUCUAAAUCACCAUCAACAGGAACUCUUAUGGGCAUGGUAUCGGAGGGGAACAUUCUCGAAAUUGUGGACGCUUUCCAAGUGGUGCAUUCAGAUUUGCAGCAGGCGGAGCGAGGUACAUGAAACACUUUCGUUGCUGCUGGAUUUCUACCCAAAAAGUAUGUUCGAAGAUAAACACGGGUGUUGGUCCUGCACAUUGCGCAUGAGCUGCAAUACAUCGAUCGGAUCACCACGACGAGCAAAUCGGCUCUCAUUUUUUAGGCCUGAGAAAAAUAUCAAAAUCAAAAAAAAAAAGCCGCAUCAGAAUAUGGAGAUAGAAUCUCACAACACCAUCCCCAUCAAAACAGGUGUGCUUAUGGACCAGAACUACCACGGGCGAUUUGUGAAGCUGCGACAGCACGUUAACAACAAGGAGCAAGUAGUCGGCUGGUUUUCCGUCGGGGAGGACCACGCGAUUGACGAAAACACGCUGGCCAUCCACCAGUUCUACCGAACAAAGGAGUCAAAAUUUACGCCGAAUCCCGCACAAAACUUGAGGGACCCGGUUUACCUGCAGGUAAAAAUGUUGUAUUCACUAGUUCGUGUCGUGGUGUCACACAGCUGGUGCGCUUUUUCUUGUGAUGCAUUCCUUCAUCUUCGGGCACCACACGCGCAACAUCUAUCCAUCCUUGCUUUAUUUGAAUUUGAUGCUACGUACAGCUUUAUUUACCUUCAAGUUCAACAGUAUCGAAUAUUGAACGCAACCAGGUCGACACCACGAUCCGAGACUGCGCCGUGCCUAUGGAGAUCAAGAUUUUUACUUCGGAUUUCGUCGCGGGGACGGAUCAGAACCUGAUCCAGUUUUACGAGCUGCCCAUCGUCGCCAACGUUCCGGGCGCGGAAAUGAACAUUGUCCAAAUGCUGUCAAACGUAAACAGCAAGAACAACAUGCUGGAAACGGAAGAGGCGCUCGUACUAUAUUAUUUUACGGCGCAUGCAGAACAUGCUACUUAAUUUCUAUACGCAGACCUCAAAAGAAGGAUCAGACUGUGGCUCGAGUCAAAUAACCUGUUUAAUAGCGGGCAAAGAACACGAAGAACCGAGAUCGGUGCUGGUUUUUUGCCGUGGAAGUUCUUAUGGCUAUAAUAUUCCCUCAUUAUCGAUCAAAAUCUUCACAAAAACUCUCUACUCAGGGCUCAACUGCAUUGGAUAACUUCCUGCGACAACUGCAAGACUUGAAGCAGUUGUUUGGCCUGGCACGGGAAUACAUCGCCGACGUUUUGACAGAGAAGAAGACGCCAAAUCCGGAGGUAUGAUUUAAUAUAGAUGUGUUGAUUGUAUUGCUGUACUUAUAGUGUUAUGCAUGACAAAUUAGGUUCUUCCUGCGCUAGAGCAGCAUGAUCGUGAAUUCCGGCUGAGCAAAUUUGUAUCAUGCAAAAAACGUUUAUCCCAGGUCGGCCGUGCCCUCUCCCGUGCCCUGGAAGGUGACAUUAUCGGCGACGAGGACAAACUCGACGCGUUGAUCAACGGCGCUACCCAGGACGUACUGAUGUGCCGCUACCUAUCCAGUUUGUGCAAAGCCCAGAUCGUGCUGGCUGAAAAGAUCCAGCACCUGCUCGCGGCCCAGAGUGCGGGCAACCAGGAAAUGUAGAGCAGAUGAAGACUUGGUAAACGGAGAAACAGAAGGGGUCUCGGGAAUAUAUGUGCCCCACUCCGAUGUGGUGAAAAGAAUUAUCUUGCAACAACAGCGAAUUAAGGCGAAGAACUGAACCUCCUGCUCAACACUUAAGCAACUGCGCAGAUGUUUAUUUUCCAAGAAGAUUUUUUCUGUGCAAGGUCAAGGCCGAACGCCCCCCCCUCCAGAGUGAUGAAGUUUGGAAUGAUAGGAACUUCAGCGCACGCUACGAAAAUAGAUGAAGCAACGACUGCCAAGUCCAAGGAGAGGAAAACCAGAGGUGAAAACAAAAAGAUGCAAGACCGCCACCACCAGUUUCACCAAAUGAAGAACCACGACAGCUACAUCAACAUCUCCGUCAAAUAUCAAGCAAAUGAAACAACAACUGUAUCAAGCACUGCGCAGGCACAUGCUUGUCCUCUCAGUUUCUGUACACCAAACUACGUAGCAUAAUUCUGAAGUCAAUCUUACACACGAAUAUAGCAGAGGAGCCAUAAUCAGCGACGUCUCCUCGACGAAGACAAUGCAUAUACUAUGCUUCGAAACCUUUUUACCAUGUCAAUUUACACUUACUCUCUGGAGAUUCGACCGGUCUCAAAGUGUCGAUGGGAAAUUCUUGCUAGGGAGGUCCGCUCGUAUGGGGAAGAUACUAGGGAGGUGCUACGCCCAUUGCUUCUGUCUUUAUACUAGCGCAGAAAAAGAAUAAGGAGCUGGUCGCGCACUAUAAAUCUCAUUCAUCAACAGCUGCGCGUAAAGGUAAAAAUGAACAGUGACACGUGAUAAAAACACGCCCCUGCGAGCGGGUCAACAGGACGCAAAUGUACGACAUCUUCGCAGAAUUUCUUCGCUUUUCAAAACACGCAAAAAUAUAUAAACAACAGACCGGUGAGAACGUACUUUCCGGAUGAACAACUCAC